AUGGCUUCAAACUACAUCACUAAAGUUGCUAUCGUCGGAGCCGGCGGCAACAGCGGAAGUUUCAUGACUGAAGCCCUGCUCAAGACCGGCAAACACAUUGUCACAGCCCUAACACGGGUUAACAGCCAGAGCAAGCUACCAGACGGCGUCAUUCCCAAGUCAAUCGACUACAACAAGCUGGAGACCAUUGUCGAGGCACUCCAGGGUCAGGAUGCACUGAUCAUUACUUUGAGUGGAGCUGUUCCACAUGAAAUCGAUCUGGCACUCAUUAAUGCUGCUGGCCAGGCGGGUGUACCUUGGAUUCUCCCGAAUGAGUGGGCACCGGAUACCGCAAAUGAGGAUCUCGUCAAGGACAUAGUGAUCUUCCAGCCGAAGAGAUCAAUUCGCAAAGCGAUCACCGAUCUCGGCAAAAGCUCUUACAUCGCUGUUAACACGGGAUUCUGGUAUGAAUGGAGCCUCGCAAUUCCAUCAGCUUUCGGGAUAGACUUCGCCAACCGCAAUGUCAUCUUCUUCGACGAAGGUGAGGCGAAGAUCUCGAUCUCGACCUGGCCUCAGGUUGGCCGCACUGUUGCUGGGCUUCUUAGCCUGCCAAUCAAGGCGGAGGGAGGUAACAAGGCUUGUCUUGAAACCUUGAAGAACCAGAUUGUCUAUGCUGAUUCUUUCACUGUGAGCCAAAAGGAUAUGUUAGAGUCUGCUUUUAGGGUUACUGGGACCACAGAGAAUGACUGGACUAUCACGAGAGAGUCGGCUAAGGAGAGGUAUGAGAAUGGCCAGAAGGAAAUGCAGGAAGGUGAUCGCAUUGGGUUUGUCAAGAUGCUGUAUACUCGAAUCUUUUUUGGAGAUGGUGCUGGGAACUUCAAGUCCAAGGGCACAUUGAAUGGGUUGCUUGGCUUGCCAACCGAGGAUAUUGAUGAAGCAACUAGGACAGCUGUCGAGCGUUCAAAUAACAGCCCUUGGUAA